CGUAGUCGCAAAGCGGAAAACGACGAUGGCGGAGAGUUGGGAACCCCUCAACCAAAUACCAACAAUUGGCGUGUUGUGCAUUGAUAUUAGCAGUAAAUUGCAGGAACACUAUGGUCGGAAGUUCUAUAGCUAUAUAGCAGCGUCCUAUGUGAAAUUUUUGGAAACAUCCGGUGCCCAUGUAGUACCCAUUUGGAUCGGUCGGGAUCGAGCAUAUUACGAAUCGAUGAUGGGCCGGCUAAAUGGCAUCCUUAUGCCGGGUGGAGCGGUAUUCAUUGACGAGGCUGAUAGGAAUGCCAAUCCGGAUCUGACCAGCGAUUGUGUCCAGAGUGCCGAACACAUUUACCAGCUGGCCAUGGAGCGGAAUCAGAGGGCAAGAAAGCAGGAUAAUGCCGGCGGAUAUUUUCCAGUUUGGGGUACUUGUCUUGGCUUCCAGUUGCUCCUAAUCCAUGCCGCCGGAGAACCCAAGAUUCGGACUGAUUGCAAGCCUAUGCGGAUGGCAAUGCCGGUUAAAUUAUCCACGGAUUACCACAAAUCUCAGCUACUUAAUACUCUGACGGAUUCCGUGGCUGAGGAGAUGGGAAAGCAACCCUUUGCCUGCCAUCAACAUCGCUAUUGUAUCACUAAAGAGAGUUUGGAAUCCUAUGGUCUAGCCAACGAUUGGAUUCCCUUGGCCACACAGAGUGACUCGCAGGGUUUGGAGUUCAUUACAAUAAUCGAGCACCGUCGUUUUCCCAUCUUCGGCUGCCAGUUUCAUCCGGAGCGGGCUGCUUUUGAGCAGCUCUUUGUCUCGAAGGACUCCAACUACUUGGCGCAUACCGCUUCUGGGAUCGAAUUGUCCCAAAUUUUCGGCAGCCGAUUUGUUGAAGCAUGUCGUCGCAACAGUAAUCGAUUCGACACUCCCAAAUUAAAAGCUCGACAUCUCAUCUGGAAUUGGCAGCCCGUUUUCUCCGGCCAAUUAGAGAUCUCCCACUGGCUGCAGUGCUAUCUUUUUGAGAAGGACGUGGACUAUCCGGAAGAUCGAAACGAAUCUGUGAAAUCUACCUAAACUGGUGAUUUGUGAUAAAUAGAAAAGAAAAAAAUGAUCUAAAAUAUUUAUUAAUCGAUGAAUUUGUAUGUUGUAAUUUUGUAAGUUAUAUCCAACGCUGUUACCCAAUAACAAUACUUAAUUUGUAUUUAUAUUAUUUUACUCAGGCCAUAUGCAGCAUUUUAAUAAAUAAAGUCAAUGUUUUAUUUAAUACAUA